AUGCCGUAUCUGGCGGAGGAACACUACCCAAUUCCGGGAACAGAUUUGCUAACGUGGAUGUUUGACCACCGCGGUCCAUACGAUGAAGACAAGCCGGUAUACAUCGAUGCAUCAAACCCUUCGCGAUCGAUAUCCUGCCGGCAGGCUCGCAAGCUGGUCCGCGAGCUUGCAGCCGGACUCCAUGGUAUUGGCCUGAAGAAAGGGGAUUGUGUCUGUGUCAUGGCUUUCAACGAUAUCUAUUACUCUAUGGUCUUCCUCGGGAUAAUCGCCGCUGGUGGAAUCUUCUCUGGUGUAAACCCUUCGUAUACCCCCUUCGAGCUGGCCCACGCCAUUCGUACCGCAGACGUUACGCAUCUGAUCGUCGAGCCUGAGUUUCUUCCCAAAGCACUACUUGCGACAAGAGAAUGUUCUAUUCCUGCAUCGAAUGUUUUCGCCUUCGACGUUCUGAACCAGGACAUUCCACAACAUCUGGGAGUCCAAAGUUGGACCGUGCUGCUGCAGAGUGGUCAGAAGGACUGGGAACGGUUUGACGAUGAAGAACGCAGCAAAGAGACUAUUGUCGCCAGGCUGUUCAGUAGUGGGACGACGGGGAUGCCAAAGGCGUUAGGCAUCUCGGUCUGGAAUCUUGUUGCCCAACACAUUGUGGUGAUGGAAGUUAGGCCUCGGCCGUACGAGCCUCGUCGUCUUAUCUCAAACCCGCUUUUCCAUGUGUCACAAGUGCCGCGAGUCCAUACAAGCGCGAUUAAAUCCGGGAUCCCAACACACAUUAUGCGUCGCUUCGAGCUCGAGACGUGGCUUUCCAACAUUUCCAGGUAUAACAUCACCGAAGUGAACAUCGUCCCCAUGAUGGUCAUAAGCCUUCUGACAUCUGGCCAUCUCGACUCCGGGAAAUACUCGUUGAAGGCACUUCGAAAUGCUUGGUGUGGCUCAGCACCUCUGGACAAGAGCCUUCAGUUUCGCUUUAAGAAGUAUCUGCGGCCUGAUACCCCCUUCAACCAAGCCUGGGGAAUGAGCGAGACCACGUGCUUAGCGAUGUGGUUCUACUACCCAGAGCAGGACUCUACCGGAAGCGUUGGCAGACUGUUGCCCAACUGUGACGCCAAGGUCGUCGACGAAGAUGGCAAUGACGUUACCGAUCUCAAGGGAUCGGAUGGAUUGAACCUCAGAGGCGAACUGUGCAUUCGAGGUCCUAUCAUUGUCAAGGGAUAUUACAAGAACGAAGAAGCGAAUAAACGCGACUGGGAUGAAGAGGGUUAUUUCCAUACAGGAGACAUUGCCUAUUGUGACUCGGAGACAAAGAAGUGGUAUAUCGUUGAUCGCAAGAAGGAACUUAUCAAAGUCCGUGGGUUCCAAGUCGCACCCGCCGAACUCGAAGCUGUACUUCUUCUGCACCCCAACAUCGUGGAUUGCGCAGUCAUUGGGGUACAAGCGGCGAUCGACGAGUCGGAGCUCCCGCGAGCAUACGUGGUGGUACGACCAGGCACGACCAUCACGGAGGCUGAAAUCAGAGAGUUCACCAAAGACAAGUUAGCACGGUACAAGCAGUUCGACGGUGGUAUAAGAUUUAUAGACGAGGUGCCCAGGAACGCGAACGGUAAGAUUCAGAAAGCGGAGCUGAGGGAGUUGGUCAAGAGGGAAAUGGGUGCUAGACUGUGA